CUCAGACUCCCAGAAUCCUCCGCGCUGCGUCGUCCGGCGAGAAGGUGACAGGGGACGGUGAAAAUGGCCUCUGCCUAUCUCACUCACCAGCAGAAAGUGUUGCGACUUUACAAGAAAUCCUUGAGACACCUCGAGUCAUGGUGCAUCUUUAGAGACAAGUACCGGUUCUAUGCCUGCAUGCUGCGGGCUCGCUUCGAUGACAACAAGAAUGAGAAGGACAUGGUGAAGGCCACCAUGAUGCUGAAGGCGGGAGAGGAAGAGUUCUGGGCCAACCAACAUCCCCAGCCCUACAUCUUCCCCGACUCUCCUGGAGGGACUUCCUAUGAGAGAUAUGAAUGCUACAAGGUCCCAGAGUGGGUGCUGGAGCACUGGCACCCCUCCGAGAAGGCCAUGUACCCUGACUACUUCUCCAAGAGAGAGCAGUGGAAGAAACUGAGAGCACAGAGUUGGGACAAAGAGGUCGCCCAGCUGCAGGCCGAGACUCCAGCCGGAGGCCCCCUGACCGAGGCCCUCCCUCCUGCCCGCAAGGAGGGCGACCUCCCCCCUCUGUGGUGGCAGUACGUCACCCGCCCCAGGGAGCGCCCCACAUAAACACCCCUCCGCCAACCUCUCAACCACACAAAAGCGGCACGAAGACUAGCGGACCUCUUAUUUAAUUACCAUCUGUCUGUAAAGAAUAUUUUAUUUGAGUCAUUUCUGAGGAGGUUCACCUGUGCAGGUUGCAUAACUGAGAAAACUACCUGUCGGAAUUCACAGUGAUUCUUCAGUAGUCAGUUUUUGAUGGUGGAUGACUUUGCGAAGUCUUGUAGAUUUACCACUUAAUAACUGUAACUGUUCCAAUAAAGAAAUAUGUGAUGAAAA